UUACCCAACCUCUGGUGGUCUCUACUAUUGGAGUGCAAAGCUUGCUGGCCCAGGAUGGGCACCCUUUGCCUCAUGGAUAACUGGCUGGUAAUCAUUUUCUUAGAAAGUUACUUACUAUGUUGGUUUGAAUUGCAGUAUUAAUCAUAGGAAGAAUGAAAAAAGAUAAAUUGGUUUGGCCCCUUAAUAGCUUUUAUCACCACUGGUUAGUUGACACAAUGAGUGCUUUGAUCUAACAUUUAUAAAGUUCUUUAAUUAUAAAUGUACCCGACCCUAGCUAGACUGUUGAGAAUCCAUAACUAACCCCAAAAUUUUGGACUAAGCUUUAGUAUAAUUGCUGUUGUUGUUGUUGCUGUAUAUUUCUGUGCUUUUUGAGGAAUUCAAGUUGUGCUUGGAAUUCAUGAAUCAUGAGAUCUGCAAUACUUAGUAAGGUGGUGGUCGAAUUUUUAUUGGGGUUUUAGAGGAAGUGGGUAGAAAAGGAUCUAGGAUUAGAUCAAUGAAAGAAUGUACAAUUGGGGUACAUAUUUGAAAUGUGAGAAGCCAACGAUGGCCUAUUGUCCUCAUGGGGAAAUGGUAAACCACAAAAGGCUUCAUCUUUAGAGUGUAGACUUCCUUUCUUUGUCAACAGGUCUGCCUAUUUGUUACACUUCCGGUAAGCAUGAUGCAAGUCUCUGGGCGGAACGUCAUCAUCAACCACCUGCAAUCAUCAGCAAGCAUUCUCAGGUUCAACAUUGUUGGUCAGUGGGCUGUCACAACAAGUGUAGAUUACUCACUUGCACAGGUGAUUUCAGUGAUAAUUCUACUUAGCACAGGUGGAAAAAAUGGAGGGGGAUAUGAGGCAUCCAAAUAUGUUGUUAUUGGUUUCCAUGGGGCAAUUUUACUCCUACAUGCUAUCAUCAACAGUCUUCCUAUCACGUUGUUAUCUUUCUUUGGACAAUUAGCUGCUGCAUGGAACCUAGUAGGUGUCUUCAUUCUUAUGAUUCUCAUUCCCACUGUCGCAACAGAGAGGGCUAGUGCCAAGUUUGUUUUCACUCACUUCAACACCGAUAAUGGUGAGGGAAUCAAUAGUAAAGUAUACAUAUUUGUUCUGGGACUUCUAAUGAGUCAAUAUACCCUAGUCGGGUACGAUGCCUCUGCUCAUAUGACAGAGGAAACCAAGAGUGCUGAUAAGAAUGGACCAAGAGGAAUAAUCAGUUCCAUUGGGAUAUCUAUUAUUGUUGGAUGGGGAUACAUACUUGGGAUCACCUUUGCAGUAACUAACAUAUCAGACCUUUUAGAUGAAAACAAUGAUGCUGGUGGUUAUGCCAUUGCUGAAAUAUUUUACCAAGUAUUUAAGAGUCGAUACGGCACUGGCGUUGGAGGAAUUAUUUGCUUGGGAGUGGUUGCUGUUGCCAUAUUUUUCUGUGGUAUGAGUUCUGUUACUAGCAACUCAAGGAUGGCUUAUGCCUUCUCUAGAGAUGGAGCCAUGCCAUUUUCAUCAGUUUGGCAUAAAGUGAACAAUCAGGAGGUCCCCAUAAAUGCUGUGUGGCUCUCUGCCUUUAUAUCAUUUUGCAUGGCUCUGACGUCUCUGGGAAGCACAGUGGCAUUUCAGGCUAUGGUAUCUAUAGCAACUAUUGGACUGUACAUUGCUUAUGCCCUACCCAUCUUCUUUAGAGUGACUUUGGCACGCAAGUCCUUUAUCCCCGGACCUUUCAACUUGGGCCGCUAUGGGAUCCUUGUUGGUUGGAUUGCCGUUCUCUGGGUGGCAACCAUCUCAGUCCUCUUCUCAUUGCCUGUAUCCUAUCCCAUUACUAAUGAGACACUCAACUACACUCCUGUAGCGGUUGGCUGUUUGUUUAUUCUUGUCAUUGCGUCUUGGGUUUUCAGUGCUCGUCACUGGUUUAGGGGUCCUAUAACCAAUAUAGAUGCCUGAAGAAAUAAAAAGGAAGAAAUAUAUCCAGACGACAAAAUUUAGUUACAAAAUUUGUUGUAAUC